AUGCUGAUUGACGGUCAUAUUCUUGGCGGAGCCGGCUUGGGUGUUGACUCAUACAUCUCCACCACCAUCCAGAUUCAUCGGGAGGUCGAUGCAACUUCUGUUGUGAGAUUCUCAAUUAACAUUCCAUUCGGAAGUAGUAACGAAGAUGAUGGCUUUGGUGUCUGUCAUACGGUCAAUCGUCAAAACAACAGCAUCCCCCCUACCGACUCUUACAGGUUGGUGAUCAAGUUCCCGACUUCUCCCAAGCUCGAUUUCACCGUCAAGCCGGCUGAUGAUAGUCUCCGAAAACUUCUCCCCGCUACCGACAAAAAGUUGAGCAGCCUCGUCAUUCACCUCACGGGUUAUCUAGAGGUCGAAGGAUUUGGUAUGCCUUUUGCCAACCGUGGCCACCCAAGCGAAGGUGUUGUCAGUGAUGACAAAUGCAUCAAAGGGAGUAUUACCUUGAUGGGAAUGAUUCGACGUUUGAAGUUUCACUUCAUCGUCGCUUCGCAUGAAUCAGUCCUAUUCCAUCAACUAGACGCUGGGAUUCCCGCCCCCUUCAGAUACCCUUACGGCGAGGAGCAUCAUUGUUCCGAGGAACGUUACGACCAGAUGCUGCCAAAAACAAAGGGUCAUCAAUUCAAGCCCUCUUGGUCCUUUGAUAAUGACAAUGAGCAUCUCGCCGCCCUCACGCAGUCACAAGUCCAGGAUGUUAUGUGGAUUCACAAGACAUCGCAAAAGAUUGCUGAGACCAAGUUCCCGGCUUAUUUCAUUAAGCCUUUGAAUUGCCCGCCCGAAGACUACUCCCUCUUCCACGUCAUCUUGCCGCUUGGACAAAAUUUUUUUCUUCAGCACGAGGACGCAUGGCGCGUGCUCACCAAGUCUGGUUACCUUAAACUCAGGCUUUUUGACAAUGAAGAGGACAAGAAUCCAGCCAAAUGGGACGCCCGCAUUCAAGAAGGUUUCAAAACUCUUGACACUUUGCACGAUCAUCCUGUUGACAAGUUUGACCUUGUUCUUCAAGUUCGGAGGCCCAAGUCGACCCAACCUGCCCGCCGCCCUUACUUCGAGGUCAAGGUUUUUGAAGAUCGCAUAGCGGCCAACGUUGCCCUGCGCAAAGGCAAAGAGAACUGGACUUGCGUUUCCCUUGACUUUGAAGACCAACUCAGAGACUACAUACCCAAGGUUGAUGCAGUCAACGAGCUCCGCCCGCAAGCCCAGCCGACAAACCCCAUUGCCUGCGGAAUACCCGAGGAUGUCGUGGACGCAGCUGCUAAAACAGACGGAAGGUUGCCAAUCUCGCCUGAUCUCAAGUUCAAGAUGGAUCUUCAUCGAGAUAUGCUGCGUGGGAAGGGCUUCUGGAAGACUUUGGUGAGCGGCACUGUCAACGCCGCUGAGGAUGCCGACCAAGCUUUGGACAAAUUCAGAGAACCCGACAUUACCCAGGGCAUUGUCGUCGCUUUAUUUAAAGAGGUCCUGCUGGAAGACCGGCAUCGCUUGAUGAAGUACUUGAGCGAAUUGUAUCUUGGUCUUGGCCUCAUCACGGCAGGGCCUGGCUUCGGAAAGACAGCUGCGCUGGCUAUCGCCGCUCUCGCCAUGUUGACGACUCUCAAACGAGUUUUCGCCACUGCUCCUACGAACGUCGCCGCCGACAAUUUCGCCGAGCGAUUGGAUCGUAUAUCGCAAAGAGUAACUGCCCGCCUCAAUGAAGGCAAGUCUGCUGACGAUAUGACGAGAGUCCGAAGCGCUUUAGUCCUCCGUGGAUGCAAGCCUGAUGAAGAGGUCGAUGCAUUCUUCAACACCCUGAAAGAUCCUCAACUAGGCGACAAAGCUGGCCCUAACAACAACUGGGGUAUUGGGCCUAAGUGGAGGCUGCAUCUAUCUCCAUCCGUUUGGCUGCUAAUGGUCCUACGCUCUCCUGCUGUUCGCCCCCUAAGCGCAAAUGAUCCUCUGGCUAUCCAUGAGAUGCAAGCCAAGAUGGACUCAAAGCUCACCUAUGCCCGCUUUCGUGACGUCGCCACCGGGGCCAUUACUUGGCAAGAGCACGAGAAGGAAGACAUGGUCGAACCACGUCUUGUUGCGGAGAUGCUCAACACCAUUCUCCGAAACGCCGAUAUUGUCUGCACCACUCCAGCAAUCUCUUGCCAGCCGCCCUUUAAAUGGUGGAAAGAACAAAACGCCCAAGGUAUUGUGGUGAUGAUCAGCAGCUCCUUCACUGAUGGUCCCGGCAGCAUCAUCGCCAACCACAGCAUAGGCCAAACCUUGGAAAAUUACCUCAAGACAAGGUUCCCACAGCUGAAAUCGGCGCGUGCCGGUGCUCUGCAGGAGGUGUUUAUACACUGCCCGGGCACCGUUUGUGUUAUCGAUGAGGUCACCAAGUCCAAGAGAAACCAAGAGCAGGUCAAUCGAGCUCUUGGCUUUCUCGGUGACUUAGUCAAAACAAUCGGCAUCCCCGCCUCCAGCAUAGCCGUUAUCAGCCAUUACAAGGCCAAUGUAGAGCUUUUUGAGCGCUGUCGGAAAGACCCGCAGCAUUCGGCGCCCCUUGUGGAUAUGCCCCCCGCCGCCACGGUCGACUCUUUCCAAGGGCGCGAGGCCGAUAUCAUGGUGGUCAUUCUCGGAACCACCAAAGAAGUUGGCCCUGGCUUUACAGUUGACAAGAAUCGCCUCAAUGUGAUGUUCAGCCGCCAAAGAAGCGGAAUGCUAAUAUUUGGCGAUAUUGGCGUGCUGGGGCGGGUGAAUGAGCAGCCAAAGGCAGCGGCGGCCAGGGGCAGAGCUCAGGGCAGAGGGGGCAAGGGGAGAAUGACGGUCACGAUAGGUGACACGAAGAACUUUGUGAAGCGCGGAAUGCUGAACAAUGUGCUGGACGGCUGGUCUGAGUCUGGGCGUGUCGUCGAGGUGCGGAAGUAGGUAGUUGCGGGCUCUCUUGAUAGUAAAUGACAACAGUUGCC